AUGGAUUCUUGGCAUUCGGAACCACUUCAUGUGUCAUAUGAAGUUGUGGGUUGGUUUGCAUUCGUUUGCUGGUCCCUUAGUUUCUACCCACAAGUCAUCUUGAACUUUCACAGGAAAAGUGUUGUGGGGUUGAAUUUUGAUUAUGCGGUGGUAAACUUGAUGAAGCAAACUUCUUAUUUGAUCUACAAUGCAUCUUUGUAUCUAAGCUCUACUGUUCAGAAGCAGUACAAAGAAAAAUACGGUCAGAAAGAGAUGAUUCCUGUGGCAGCAAAUGAUGUUGCAUUCUCAGCUCAUGCUGUUCUCAUUACAGCUAUUACCGUAUUCCAGAUUGCAAUCUACGAACGUGGAGGUCAAAAAGUCUCGAAAAUAGCUUUUGGAAUCGUCCUUCUUGUGUGGUUAACUGCAUUUAUUUGUUUCUUCAUAGCAUUGCCUAAACAUCGUUGGUUAUGGCUAGUCUCCAUUUUCAACUUCAUCCAAAUUUGUUUAACGAUUGUAAAAUACAUUCCACAGGCAGUGAUGAACUUCAUGAGGAAAAGUACAGAUGGGUGGAGUGUAGGUUUCACUCUACUGGAUUUUUCUGGAGGGCUAGCAAACUAUGCUCAAAUGGUUUUGCAAUCAAUUGAUCAAGGUUCUUGGAAGAACAUCUAUGGAAAUGUAGGGAAACUAACGAUAUCUCUGGUAUCUGUGUUCUUUGACAUCAUCUUCAUGUGCCAACAUUUUCUAUUAUAUCCUUCAACAAAUAACAGAUCAGAGACCUCUAUUGAACUUGAGGAUGCCAAGUCUUCAGAUCAAACAUUACCCGAGAAUGUCUAA